AUGAAUGAUUACGAUAAGACUACUGCUUUUCUUGGUCAGUGGGGACGCUUCCAACAGAUUGUCUUCUUCCUGCUCUGUGCCAGCAUUGUGCCCAAUGGAUUUGCUGCUUUCUCUGUUGUCUUCUUGACUGACAUUCCCAGUCACCACUGCCUGGUUCCUGAGGUUAACCUGACACAAGAUUGGCGCAAUGCUAUCAUACCGAUAGAGGUGGUGCAUGGGAAACAGAGGUUGAAGAGAUGCAGCAGAUACAGGCUGGAUGUGGUCAGAAAUCUCUCUGCUCAGGGAUUAUUUCCUGACAGGGAUGUCAACCUCACCGACCUGGAGCAGGAGAGCUGUGUAAAUGGGUGGAGCUACAGCAGAGACAUCUACCAAUCCACCAUAGUCUCUGAGUUUGACCUAGUGUGCAGUGAUCAGUGGAAGCAGCCGUUCACUUCCACAGUUUACUUCCUGGGAAUUCUUAUUGGAGCCUUCAUCUCAGGACAGCUCUCAGACAGGUUUGGAAGAAAGCCUGUUUUCUUUGCCACCUUGGCAGUUCAGACAUUUUUUUCAUUUGUUACAAUCUUUUCACCUUCUUGGACGGUGUUCUUCAUCCUCUUCUUCACCAGUGGUUUGGGACAGUACUCAAACUAUGUCACUGCUUUUGUGCUGGGCACUGAAAUCUUGACUGGCAAUGUGCGGGUCAUGUUCUCGUCUUUGGGUGUUAGUCUGGGCUUUGCCGUUGGCUACAUGACACUGCCUCUCUUGGCUUACUUUUUAAGGGACUGGAAAUCUCUCCAGUUGGCUAUCUCUCUGCCCGGCCUGCUCUACUUCCCUCUCUGGUGGUUCAUCCCAGAGUCCCCUCUGUGGUUGCUCUCUCAGGGGAGAGUGGAAGAGGUUGAGACCAUAGUGAGAAAGGCUGCUAAGAUGAACAAGGUUGAGGCUCCACAGGUCAUCUUUGACGAUUACAGUGUACAUGCUGAUGAGACAAAUGCACACCCUAAGCAACACCACAAUGUCUUCAAUCUGCUGAGGACAAAAAACAUCAGAAACAUGACUUUCAUUCUGUGCCUGGUGUGGUUCACUCUGAGUACUGGAUACUCGGUCCUGUCCUUGAACACCUCCCGACUUGACUCUAACUCCUAUCUCAGCUGCUUCCUCUCAGCAGCUGUAGAAGUACCAGCAUACAUUUCCAGUUGGCUGGCUCUGAGAUACCUUCCACGACGACUGUCUACCAUCUGUGUCUUGCUCCUUGGAGGAGUAUCACUGUACUUCAUUCAACUGGUGCCUGAAACUUUAUCAGAUCUGUCUGUUGCUCUGGAGAUGUUGGGUAAAUUUGGUAUCUCCACCGGUACAGCCCUGAUGUUUGUCUACACAGCAGAGCUUUAUCCAACAGUGCUCAGGAGCACAGCGACCGGGACAUGCAGUACUGUUUCCAAUUUGGGAAGCUGCAUUGCACCUUCUUUGAUACAUCUGAGUGAAUACUUUAAGUACCUGCCUUAUAUUACAAUGGGGACUCUGGCUGUUAUGUCUGCCUUUGCUGCUUUCUUCCUGCCAGAGAGUUUUGGACGACCUCUUCCUCAAACUAUUCAACAGAUGCAGAGCAUGAAGUGUCCAUUCAUCCCAAGAAAAGAUCAUUCAAAACCUGUGGUGCUUUUCGAAAGUCAACUCUGAUUGUCUAAAACAUUACUUACACAAGCUAUUAAUAAAUGUUGUACUAUUUACUAUCAUACCUAAUGUUUGCUGUUCUAACUAUUCAACAUUUUUAUCAACAUGUCAAUCAGUACAAAUGGAUUUAAUGAUUUUACAUGACCUGUUUGUAAUAAGUGAAAUUAAAAGAAUCAUAUUUACAUGUGUACUAAAACAUUUUUGAGUAAAUAAAAUGUGGCCUGCCCUUUGUGAAAAUGUUGUGUAUACAAAUAUUCACUAGAAACUGAAAUAUGCAUGUGUGUUGGAUUUGAAGUAAAAUAUACAGUUAUAAAAUCAACCCUAAACAAGGAUACCGGUUCAGAUUAAAUUGGUAUCAGAAUAUUUCAUUUGUUUCAUGUAUACGUAUGUAUGUUUUUAAUGUUUAAGUACAUUAUUUUAUCUUUUACAGUGAACAGCAGUAUUAUGCAAGUAUGGUAUCAAUUGCAUUGACACUGAGCAUGUGUAAUGCACAGGCUUUUUAUACUUUUCAUUUUACAGUUUUUUUUAAUGCUGUUGCAGAGAAAACAUUACUGCAGUUUUGGAGAUAUUUUAAAAGCACACAUAUUGUUUGAUGCUACUGUGUAAGUCACAUACUUUCACAAUUCCAGUGACAAAAUAACAAUUUAUUUUAGUUAUUCCUGACAAAUGUCCAUUUACCGGAAAAAUGGACAGUGACAUAAUGAUUGUCCAGUUGAUCACUCAACCCAGAUAUCAGUGCAGCUCCUUGUUCAAGGGUCAACCGGAGACUUUCUUUCAGCAGUGUGUUCCUGUUCUUCAGUGUGUGUGGGUGUAUAAGGUGUCUUCUGACAACAUCUAGAGUAGAAAAACACGGUAAUACAGUUACAGUAUGAGUCACAGAUACAGAACAAUCCUCUCCAGACUGUGUGUGUUCUAUAUCUAUAUAGAGAGAUAGAUAUAUCUAUGCUUACCCUUCACUACCCACUUCAAACAGUUUUGUUCAAAUUGUACUGAGUCAGGGUGGCUGUCUGACAGAGGUAUAGACUGUCGUUGAAUCUGGGCUAGUGCGGUAAAGCCAAGUACUGUUCAACACUGACAGUUACAAAGUUCAAAUUCCAUAAAAAGUCAUAUAUCUAUUGAGUCUAAUAUUGAUAGUUGUGCCAUGUACUCAAAUCUGCGAACAGUUUGAAAUUUUUGGGAAAUACGCUUAUUCACUUUCUGGUGGAAUAAGCUCUCAGCGCAGAAGUGAAGAAGCCCAUUUCCAAAAUGUCAAACUAUUCCAAGUUCAAUUGGGUUUGUUAUAGUGUGUUGUUUGCCUUAACUAGUUACACAUAAUUGUGGCUAUGUGGUGGGAUUAUAUAUUUCAUAGUAGCUGAAAGAAAUGGCCAUGGUGAGUGAAAGCAUGUGUGCUGAUAUGAAGUAGAGUUGAGCUCAGUUUAGCUGGACUGGAAAACAGUCAAAGGGCAAAUGUUGUGCCUGCAUGUGAACAUAGUGUACAGUCAAGUUAAUCAUUUUAAAUCUGGCAC